AUGAACACAGAGAAGGACUUCUCCCCUUUGACACCCAACAUCGUGAGAGCGCUCAACGACAAACUUUACGAAAAGAGAAAAGUUGCCGCUUUAGAGAUUGAGAAGCUUGUGCGGGAGUUUGUUGCCCAGAAUAAUUCCACCCAGAUACGACAUAUCAUCCAGAUCCUGGCCUCUGAGUUUGCCCUGUCGCAGCACCCCCACAGCCGCAAGGGGGGGCUCAUCGCCCUGGCUGCCUGCUCCAUCGCCCUGGGGAAGGACUCGGGGCUGUACCUGAAGGAGCUGAUCGAGCCAGUCCUCACCUGCUUCAACGACUCGGACAGCCGCCUGCGUUACUACGCCUGCGAGGCGCUGUACAACAUCGUGAAGGUGGCUCGGGGCGCGGUGCUCCCCCACUUCAAUGUCCUCUUCGAUGGGCUGAGCAAGCUGGCUGCAGACCCAGACCCCAACGUGAAGAGUGGGUCUGAACUGCUGGAUCGACUUCUGAAGGACAUUGUGACAGAGCGCAACAAGUUUGACCUGGUGGCCUUUGUCCCCUUGCUGCGUGAGAGGAUCUACUCCAAUAACCAGUACGUUCGCCAGUUCAUCAUAUCCUGGGACACGCGCGCGCGCAACAUGAAGAAUUUCUGACUGGUGGUCGGUUCGCUCUUUCAAAUCCUGGUGCUGGAGUCGGUCCCUGAUAUCAACCUCCUGGACUACCUGCCAGAAAUCCUGGACGGACUCUUUCAGAUUUUGGGGAACAGCAGCAAGGAGAUCCGC